CAGAAACAGAAAGAGUUCACGGUGUAUAUAUAAGGUCAUUUCCCGUCUCCCUCAAAUUUUCUCCCUUCUCUCGGAAACACUAAUAACCAGAGGAGGAUCUUCAGAGGAUUUUGUUGGUGAUGGCUUCGAAGCGGAUCUUGAAAGAGCUCAAAGAUCUUCAGAAAGAUCCUCCUACCUCUUGCAGCGCAGGACCAGUUGCUGAGGACAUGUUUCACUGGCAAGCAACAAUUAUGGGUCCCCCUGACAGUCCUUAUGCGGGUGGAGUGUUUCUUGUUACUAUUCAUUUCCCUCCAGACUAUCCAUUUAAACCGCCUAAGGUUGCUUUCAGGACGAAGGUUUUUCACCCUAAUAUUAACAGCAAUGGAAGCAUUUGCCUUGAUAUUUUGAAGGAGCAAUGGAGCCCUGCCCUUACUAUUUCUAAGGUGUUGCUCUCUAUCUGUUCACUGUUGACGGACCCGAAUCCUGAUGACCCUCUGGUGCCGGAGAUUGCUCACAUGUACAAGACAGACAAGAGCAAGUACGAGACAACUGCACGGAGCUGGACUCAGAAGUAUGCCAUGGGUUAGUUUGCUGCCAUUUGUGAGAGGAAGGUCCUCUGACUUUGGUCUUUUAUUUGUAACGUGUGAAUGAAUGGAGUAAGUGUGAUGUGUCUCUUAUGAAACGGGCCAAAAAGGAAAGGUUUGAAUCGUGCCCUCCUUAAACCAUACUGUUGCUUUUGAUUUCUAUGGGGAAUUUGCUUUUGAAACUAUAGGUGUGCUAUUGGAUACACCACCAUCCUGUUAACCCUUGGUUCCAGUGUUCGGUGGUCAUGAACUGCAGGUGAACAUUGUGGACUAACAUGGUAACUUUAGUUACAUGAUACCUCGAGCACUAUAAAUUUUAUAGUGCAAACAAAAAAGAUAGAAAGGAGCUUAUUUCUAAAUACUCGAGUUUUUGAGUUGAAUCUCACGUAGAGGCCGGUGCAGGGCUCUUACCAGGUGGGUUAUA